GUGCCAAAAAUAGUGCCAGGUCUCACCCAGGAACACUGCAGAAGCUUCUCGUGUCGUGUAGAAUAUAGGGAAGGUAUAUAUAGUCUCUAGAUAAAGGUUUGAGUGAGAUACUUGGGUACGUUUGCUGCCAGUUGAGUGUUGGUCAUCCCUCACGACUACAGCAGGAAUUACCAUAAGACAUAUACAGUACUACAAGAUGACGAAAGGUGAAGGUGACAAGACUCCCCAGCAGCUGAAGGAGGAAGGGAAUGAGGCCUAUAAAUUAGCUGACUGGGAUAAGGCCAUAGACAAAUACUCACAGGCACUCACAGCCACCACUGAGGACAAGGAACGUUCAGUGUUUUACAAGAACCGUGCCGCCGUUUACCUCAAGAUUGAAGACUACGAGAACGUUGUGAAGGAUUGUACGCAAUGCUUAGAAAUCUCCCCGAAAGACCCCAAGGCCCUGUUCCGUCGAGCCCAGGCAUACGAAGCCCUGGAACAAGCGGAGAAGGCAUACGCUGAUGCCCGAACACUCCAAGUUGUUGACCCUAAAAACAAGGAAGUUCAGGAGAUGUUGUCAAGAGUGCAUAAAGUAGUGCAAGAUUUGGUUGAAGAGAAGACUAAAACGUCGGGGAAAGUACAGCAGCUGUUUGAUAUUCUGUUUGACCCGGGCUGUGAGAAAGACAAGAGAGAGACGUGUGCCAACAAUCUGGUCGCUCUGGCUAGGGAGAGAGCAGGAUCUGAGCUGCUGAUGAAACAGAAUAUUCUGGGUCGUAUGGUUCAGAUGCUCAAGACCGAGAAAAAUUUCGAGAUCAAAAUUGCCUGUGCGAGGACACUGUCUGAGUUCUGCAAAGACCUUGAUAGGACAAAACUCAUUCUACAAGAGAUAGGAAUCCCCUGGCUAUUGGACCUGAUGAACAAUAAACACGAAGGGUUGGUUAAUGCCACUCAGUACACCUUCCAGAAGAUCUUCAACACCCUCUCUGGCAUGGACAUCAAGUUGGAGAGGAAACCCGACAAAAUACUUCUUGCUCAAAACCAGAAAGAGAUCGACAGUCUGAUGGCCACCUUGGUAUCCAUCGUGACUCAGCGCACCAUGAGCGGGCUGUGCCGAGACGCCGUCAUAGAGCUCAUCCUCAAGAACGUUGACUGGGAGAAACUGAACUGGGCGGACAAGUUCAUCAGAAUGGGAGGUAUCGAGAAGAUGUUGGAUAUCUGCUCAGAGUUGGAGGAGUUUCAGUUCGAGAGCCGGAUAGACAUCACAGAUAACACCCGCAUGACGACGGCCAUCUGCCUCGCCAAGGUCUACGACUCCCAGUAUGACGACAAGGCGAGGGAAGCUUACCGUAAUCGUGUUGACGAGUACAUCAGACUUCGGCUACUGACUCCAGACCUUGAACACAAAGUCCGCGUCGCUGUUGCCAUCUCGACUCUAUUGCUCGGACCUCUGGAUGUGGGGAGUCACCUGAUUGCCAGGGAGGGAAUCCUGGAGAUGUUGCUGGUGAUGGCAAACUCUGACGAUUUGUUACAGCAGAAGGCUGCCUGUGAAGCGCUAAUUGCCGCAGCAACUAAAAAAGACAAGUGUAGAUCCAUCAUAACACAAGGCACAGACAUCCUGAAGAAGCUGUACCAGAGUAAGAACGAUGCCAUCAAAGUGAGGGCGUUGGUUGGCCUGUGUAAACUAGGCUCAAUGGGUGGCACUGAUGCCUCCAUGAAGCCCUUUUCUGAAGGUGCCUCACUUAAGUUGGCAGAGGCUUGUAGAAGGUUCCUCGUUAAUCCAACUAAAGACAAGGACAUGCGGCGGUGGGCGUGUGAGGGCCUCUCUUACCUCACCCUCGAUGCUGAUGUCAAGGAGAAGCUCAUCAGUGACAGGCCUGCUCUCCGCUCCAUGAUUGAACUGGCUAAGUCUGGUGAUAUGAACUGUCUGUAUGGCGUGGUAGCAACGUUCGUCAACCUUUGCAACGCAUACGAUACGCAAGAAGUUAUCCCAGAGAUGGUGGAGUUGGCCAAGUUUGCCAAGCAGCACGUUCCCGAGACCCAUGACCUCGAUGACCAGGACUUCGUUGACAAGCGAGUGACGAUAUUGGCCGAAGAAGGAGCGGCAACAGCCCUAACGGCACUCAGCAAGACCGACAGUCAGAACUCCAGGGAACUUAUUGCAAGGUUGUUUAAUGCCAUAUGUCAGAUGCAGGACAACAGAGGCCUGGUGGUGCAGCAGGGAGGUACAAAGGCUCUUCUUGACCUGGCGACAGAAGGCACCAAGAAGGGCAAGACAGUGGCAGCUCAGGCCUUAGCACGUAUUGCCAUCACCAUUAACCCAGAGGUCGCCUUCCCUGGACAGAGAGCUUAUGAAGUAGUUCGGCCUUUGUUAAAACUAUUGGAUCCAGAGUGUCAAGCGCUGGAGAACUUUGAAUCUCUUAUGGGUCUCACCAACAUCGCAGGAAUCUCUGAAUCAACCAGAAAACGUAUCAUAAAGGAGAGAGGACUGCCACUGAUUGAGAACUACAUGUUUGAGCACCAUGAGAUGAUCAGAAGAGCUGCCAUUCAGUGUAUGGCCAACAUGUGUGCAUCUCCAGACAUAAUAAAGUUACUGGAAGGUAAAAAUGACAAGUUCAAGUAUUUGUUCCUGUGUGCAUCUGAUGAGGAUGAGGAGAUUAUCAAGGCAGCUGCUGGUGCCCUUUGCAUGGUCAUGUCUGAGUCACCCAAGUGUCUAGUGAAGGUGUUUGAGGCUAAAGAUUGGGAAGAAAUCUUAGAGUUCCUGCUGUCCCAUGCCAACAAGGACAUCCAAUACCGUGGCACUGUUAUAGUCUUCCUGUUGGUCAGUCACGACAAGCAGACGGCAGAGAGAAUAAUAGACACGCACUGCAAGACGGCCCUUGAAGCUAUUUCCAAGAUCGACAAUCCAGAAUUUGUCCUUCCUAAGGCUCGUGAAUAUGCACACAACACCCUCAAGCUUUGUGCUACACAGUGGAAGCUCAUCAAGGACCCUGAUGCUGUAGAUUAAAAGUAUUUUAGUCAUUUAGUUCAUAUUGGUUGUUUCUUCCAGCAUCUAUAUGUAAGUUGUUGUGCCAUGACUUGAAUGCUGUUAUCUUGUCUAAGUCAUCAAUAUUUGCUCUAAGGAAAAAUUAAAUUAGUUUGUAUUAAUAUGAAACUUUCUAUAUUUUUAGUAGCCUGACUGUGUUGGGAUCAACCCUAAACAAUUUAAUAACCGAUGCAGUCCCAGGUCUUGUGUCGGAGAUGGAUGGACGCUGGUGAUGUCUUGUCUAGUAAGUGUAGAUGGUUUUGGUUGACUUGGCCUCCUUGUAGUAGUAAACACACCAGACAUCCCAGGGUGUUGGGUCAUCAUCCUCUUGUGUAAAAGACUGAUCACUUGGUCGUGUUACUGCGCUGCUUUAGCAGCUACUCCUUUUUGCCUGAGGGAAGAUGUAAAGGCAACAGUUACUUUAUCAAUGUUAAAUUACAAAUAAUGUAUCUCUUUUAUGACAUCCUUCAAUGUAUGAAUUCUAGACCCAGAUUGAAGUACUGUACAGGUAUGAACUGCCAGACAACACUCAUCUGGGAGUUUAUGAGAGUUACAUUAAAAGAAGCAUUAAUCCAUUAUAAAUAAGUACGUCAUAAUGGUUUACACAAUAUAUGAAAAAUUAUUUGAACUUGUCUGGAUUAUUCAGGUACAUCAAGUGAGAGAGAAUUCUGUGCCUUAACAUUAAUUAUUAUGGACAAUGCAAUGUUUGUAAUGUAUAGGUUAUAUUAUGGACUGUUGCUUACAAUGUUUAAAGCACAUAUUUAUAAAAUUUGUAAUAAAAAACAAUAACG